CCCACUCUGCCGUUCACAAAAUGUCACUUCUCUUAUUUCGUUUCGCCAUAUUGGUCGUUGGGUGCGCAUGAAAUCGUCGUCCAUUUCCCUUUCAUGGGCAAGUUUCGGCGAAAAAGUACCGGUGCAUAAGUGUCCAAGUGCAAUUUCGAUUUAGUACAUAAUAAAUUCGCGAUAGCCUGUGAAACAAAGUUUGUUUUGUGUGUGAAGUGUUAGCGACAGAACUAAAAAUGGCGUGCGCUACUCUGAAACGUUCGUUGGAUUGGGAGCCCGUGUUGGGGGGCCGACCGGCCAAACGCAGGCGCUGCAUUCCCUUCUGCGAGAGCCCCACGCACAGAGACCGGGCUUCGCCCCCUGCGACCGUCGCCUCCCCCAAGCCCAAGUCCGUCUUUCCCGAUGUCGUCAGCCAAAAAUUGACCCCUGAAUACAUGGCAGAAAACAUCAAAGCCGAGUUACGAAGGUUACAAAGACGCAAACAGUUACAGUACAGCAUGGAAAAUUCGGACGGAAGCAGUUCGGGCGGAGAAAAUUCCGAAUCUCCUUCACGCUCUGAAAGAGCACUUUUUACAUUUAAACAGGUUGGUUUAAUCUGUGAACGUAUGCUCAGGGAACUCGAGUCUGAAAUUAGAGAGGAAUACGACAAUGUGCUUACGGGAAAGCUUGCAGAACAAUACGAUGCCUUCGUCAAGUUCACGUAUGAUCAGAUACACAAGAACUACAGCACGGCCCCACCUAGCUAUUUAUCGUAAGGAAAAUUCUGACAUUGGCAACGUAGCAGCGGUGUCACAAACUAGCCACUAAACAGUCGUUACUAUCGUUUAUACACACAACAUUAUACAAAAAGUCGUCAGUCAGCAGGAUGCCUUAGAACAUAACCCGCUCUCCUUGCCGGCAAUUUCUUUUGUACAUAUUUAUAAUAUAUCCCUAUAAAAUAUUUUAAGAUCAUCUGUAUUAUCUUACUGGAAUUGAAACAUUAGUUUUGUCUGUAUAUAUCGUUUUUUAUAGUGCUACCAAUGCGGUGUUGUAAUCGAUAAAUGUACGGAUUUGGCUGUUUGGUUUUUGUUUGUUUAACAAUGAUGCCAACUGUAUGAUUGUCAUGCCCGAAUGAAAUAGACUGCARAUCCCAAAAUCAUCGUUUUCAGUAAUCAUCCUACAGUUUUUUCUUUUACUCGUCUUUUGUUAUUUAACAUUAAAAACAGUCUCAUCGUUAACAAAAAAAUGCCUUAAAUUUGUGUUUCCGUGUAGUGCGAGCGCGAACAUGGAUGUGAGUUUGUGUGUUUCAUAUAAAGUAGGUUAAGUUCUGAUUUAAAGACCACAAUUUUGCCAUAUGUGUGAUGGUGUUGAUAUAUAUUUUUUCUAUAGUUACGUUCAAACUAUAUAAGUGCUUCAAUUGUAUCGACGUUAUACCAGGACUUAGAUCUUAAGAAACUUAGAGAAGAUAUCCAGUCGAUGGUCUGUCGUUUACGAAACGUCAAUUUAAUGAGAUUUUCUACGACUUUCUAGUCAGUUUCUGAUUUUAUUUUUGUUUGCGAAACUGAUUGCGUUCAACAACCACUGUUUGUUUUGUUGUAUUUGGUUCGACUUGGUUACAUUUAMCAAAUAGAUUAGUUAUAAAUUGUACGUUUUUAUAUAAAGCGCAAGGAUAUUAAUAAAUGUAUAUAGAUUUCGCUGUGAGAGAAGUACUGCUUUAAUUUUUAAAGCUGUGUUUAUAACAUGGGUCUGAUAAUACCGGCCUUAACUAACAACAYUCUUGAGAUUGUACAUAUUUAUUCAAUUAAUAGUAUUUUUAAGUUACAAGUACAAUAAAUAAAACAGUGAACAUUUAACCACUUCUCAUUAAAUUGAUUCAGUGACGUUACUUUAGUGUUCAGUUGCGAAUUUUGCUCUUUCGUUAUUAGUAAAUGAAUUAGUUUAUUUUUUGUUUUUAGUUUAGUGCAUGCUAAAUUUAAGUUGUAGCUUCUUUUUUGCGUUAGGUAACUGUUAUGACUAAUAAUAAAACAAAUAAAAUUUAAUUUGUUUGUACUUUAGCAUUAUUUAUUUCUUUAGUCUAGAUCAUACGCAAUAUUUUGUUGUUGAUCAAUCGAAUAUUAUGUUUUAUAUCAAUCGAUCCUGAUAAGAUUUCUUAUGUUUAAUAUGUUAAGGUUUAAUAAAAAAUGGUCCGCUCCCA